AUGAUACCUCGACUAGGUCGUUCCUCAAGGUGGGUGUCCCACCUGCCGGAAUUCGCAAGUCGGGCUCUUCAGGUAGAUCAGAUGGAGCUGGAUUCGGCCUUGUCGCAGAUGUACUCACUCUGCUUGAAGCCCUCACUAGUUAGCAAAAUGAGUAAGGCACGCAAGAUGACAAAAAAUCAUUAUCAUCGCGAUGAUCCUGCCUUCAUUGUUCUUCAAGUACUGGCUCUAGUCAUUACAGUUGUGGCUUACGGUUUGGCACUAAAAGGUGGUCUGUUGCAGAUUCUUUACAAUGUGCUAUACGAAGUGGGAGUGACUUACCUAGUUGUAGGUGUGAUUAUGGCCACGAUUACCUGGGUGUUUGCGAAUCAGUUUCUGCUGAGUACCGGUGGACACUUGCAUGAGGUGUCGCGGGAGGUGGAUUGGCAUUACGCGUUUGACAUUCACUGCAACGGUUUUUUCCCCUAUUUUGUCUGGACAAGAGUAAUCCAAUUUAUGCUCUUACCCCUGCUCCUUCAGCCGUCCUUUCUGGCGUGUCUGGUUAGCAAUUGCUUGUACAUGGUUGGAUGUGUGCUGUACGCAUAUAUAGUGUUUCUUGGCUACUUGGAGCUUCCAAUGUUGACACAGCAACAAAAACUGGUGUACCCUGUACCCAUCAUUAUAGUAGUAACGCUUUUUAUUACUCUUUUUGCCAGAUGGAACCUGAGUCAGUGGACUCUGUCCCAGAUGUGGCAAAGCUGA